AAUUUUAUAAGAUUUUCCUUGAUAUUCAGUAAGAUUACUUCUUGCUAUCUGCACUAUAAUCUCCAGAUUACUUGCUAGGAGGCCAUAUAGUUACUUAUAUAGGCCUUAUGUAGCUAACACAUAAUUGAUUUGAUAACCUAAAGACCCAUUUGAGAUGUCCAAAAACCCUCCCCGAGAACCUCGAAUAACCUAAGCAUUUUUUGCUUAGUCAGUGCUAAAUCAACUUUGUUUAACAACCCUAUACAUAGAGUCUUAAACGCGGAUUAGUUCACUAUUGGGGGUCCUCUAAGAUGUCCCGCUAUGUUUCCUGGACCUCAAUGUAUACUACUCAGUUGACCUACAUAAAGUGAACAUCUUGAAGUAGCGAAGUAGUCCCUCUGGGAAGAGAGUUAUUUUUAGUUCCGAUUGUUAAGUGCACGCACACUCGGUCCGAUAUAACAAUGACGAGAAAACCCGUUUUCCCGCCCGGUGUUCCCUGUCGACCGUCGCGACCUCAACACUCGUCUAAUUAUUUCCGUUCAGUUUAUUGUGGUGUUUUCGGGUUGUUUGAUUUUUGUUUUCUGGCUGUCGGAACUUCUAUGGGAGAGCAAUCCGAGGACAUGAAUAAAUAAGCAGACACAAAAAAUAAAUGUAGACGUGAUGCCCCUCGAAACCUUAUGGACCAAGCGGAAGACAUUUUAGAGUUGAGUGAGAAUUUCAAAAUAGACCUAGACCAGGUGCCCUAUAUCGACGGCAGGGGGCGCGAGAAGCAGAAAAAGGUCGCACGCAGACGAUGGGCGAUCCUCGCCAAAGCCUUAAAGAGCCCCGCAGGGAGUCAACCCUCGAGCCCCACCGACGAGAUCUCGGUGCGGCGAAUCUCCUCGUUCAUGCUGCUACAAACGCGCGAACUCCCCGCCCCACCUACAGCCCACCCGAGCGACUUGAUCACCAAAAGAACCUGGUUCGUCUACUCGAUCACCCUCGACCCAACGACCACCUUCGACGUGAACGUCGGCCAUAGAAAUCGCACUUUUAGCGCCGAAGACCUGAUGGGCUUCAACAACACCGGCAACGUGUGCAUCUGGCCCUCGGAGGAAACCCUCAGCUACUACGUCUGCCUCAACUUGACCCUGUUCGAGGGCAAAAGGGUCCUGGAACUGGGCGGCGGGAUGUCCUGUCUCGCGGGGGUCUUCGUCGCCAAAUACAGUGCGGCCGCGCGGGUUUUACUCACCGACGGCAACAAAACCUCCGUGGAAAACGUGUCCGCCAUCUUGGAGUGCAACAAGUUCAGUUGCCGCACGGAGUGCGAGGUGCUCAAGUGGGGCCAACCGGAUCCGGCGCGACGCCAGUUCGACGCCAUCUUGUCGGCCGACUGUUUGUUCUUCGACGACGCCCGCGUCGACUUUAUAAAUUGCUUGAGCAGUCGGUUGGCCCCCGGGGGCUUCGCUUUGGUGAUGGCCCCUCGACGGGGCUCCACCCUCGACAGUUUCGUGAGUCAAAGUGAGGCGCGCGGUUUAAGGUGCAAACGGGUGAUGAAUUACAGCGAGGUGGUGUGGGAGAAACGGUUGGCGUUGAUGAGUCACUGCGACUAUAACGACAACAUUCAUUAUCCGGUUCUGAUUGAGGUCAAUAAGGGUUAAAUUGAGUGCCCCGCCCCCCUUCCCAUCCCCCUUCCAUAUUAUUGUUGUUGUAACCCACUCUAGUCUGAUCGACCUUAUCUGUGAUACAAUAAUACCAAUUUUUCCUCGUCUAGGAGUCAUGACAUCCCUUGUAAUAUUAUAGUGCUUAGUUAAAUAAUUUAAAUUUGCCGCGCGUGUGACGUCAUACAGCAGUAUUAUUAGUCUAAAAGAUCCUCUUAUCUUCCCCCACUCCUGAAUUAUUCUCCAUGGCAACGCUGUGUUAAAUAAACCACGCCCCCUCCCCAGCACCAAUAUAACAACCAAUAAACUCUAUUGUUUUUUACCGAGGGGGCGUGGUUUGAUCGAAGACACCCUUGCCACGCCUACUAGUUCCUUAAUACUGGAAUUUACAGGGAUUUUAAUGAGUGUAAUAAUGCCCUCUAGCGGUUGAGAAGUGAAGUGUGAACUUUCACCGCUAGAGGGCCCAAUUGAUUGUUGUAAUAAACGAAUUAAUUAUUGUAAAAA